AUGGAGAUUGACGGCCUGGUGGCCAACAGAGCUCUCGUCAAGGCCAGAGAAGGAGGCGGAUCCAAAGGCCGAAGCUGGAAAUGGCAGGAGAUGCUUCGCUUGCCGCACAUCAGCCAAUGUGCCAAAUUGGCCGACAGUAUAGAGCGCGACUACUGGGACUUGUGCGUGAUGCAGCCUAUAGGCCGCCAACUCUUCGACCAGUUCUGCCAGAGCCAAGGCCGACUCCGAAAGUACUGUGAGCUGCGACAGGCUCUGGCGCAAUUUGAGUGGCAGCUAGAUAAUGACAGACCGACGUUUGGACGACACAUCAUCGAGAAAUUCUUCUGCAUUCAGAAGUCCCAGUUUGUCCCCGAGGUGUCCAAAUACAAGCGAGGCUGCAUGUGGGCCCUGGAUAAAGAACCCUCCAGCGACGUCUUCAGGAAUUGCAAAGAAGAUUUGGAAACCUUCCUCAGCGGAGAACCUUUCCAGGAGUACCAGAGCAGCAUGUACUUCGAGCGCUUCCUCCAGUGGAAAUUUUUGGAAAGGAGGCCGGUCACUAAGAACGACUUCCGACAAUACCGACUCUUGGGCAAAGGAGGCUUUGGAGAGGUGUGGGCGUGUCAGGUGCGGGCCACGGGGAUGAUGUACGCCUGCAAGAAGCUGGAGAAGACGCACGUGAAAAGACGGCGAGGCGAAGACAUGGCGCUCAAUGAAAAGGAGAUCUUGGAGAGCGUGGACAGUCGCUUCGUGGUCAAUCUGGCGUGCGCCUACGAGACCAAGCAAAGCCUGUGCUUAGUCCUCACCAUGAUGAGCGGCGGAGACUUGAGGUUUCACAUCUACAACAUGGGUGCGCCCGGACUGGACGCGCCCCGAGUGCAGUUCUACGCCGCCGAAGUCUGCUGCGGCCUCAUGCACCUGCACUGCAAGUCUAUCAUUUACAGGGAUCUGAAGCCAGAAAACAUCCUGUUGGACGAACACGGUCACAUCAGGAUCUCCGACCUGGGCCUCGCCAUCAGGGUGUCCUCCAGCGGCGUAGUGCGAGGUCGCGUGGGAACGCUAGGAUACAUGGCUCCAGAGUUGAUAGCCCGCGAGUAUUAUGGCGUGAGCGUCGACUGGUGGGGUCUGGGCUGCCUCAUCUACGAGAUGACGGCGGGCCGGCCUGUCUUCAGGCACAAGGGCGAGCAUCCCAAAAAGGACGACAUGGAGGAAAGGAUCCAGACGCGGCGGGAGGAGUACGGCGAGCGCUUCGAACCGCGCGCUAAAGACAUCUGCUCCAAGCUUCUGGUCAAAGAUCCCAACGGCAGGCUUGGCUGCCAGGCGUCGGGAGGACGAGACGUACAGGAUCACCCUUUCUUUCAGGAAAUCAACUUCCGAAUGUUAGAAGCGGGGCUCUUGGAGCCCACCUUUAAACCUGACCCCAGGCUGGUUUACUGCAGCGACGUGCAAGAUAUCGAGGAGUUCUCUGCCGUGCGGGGCGUCACCCUCAACCAGACGGACAACGAAUUCUACACCAAGUUCAACACUGGAAACGUUCCCAUCACCUGGCAGAAUGAGCUCAUCGAGACGGGAUGUUUUGCCGAGCUCAACGUUUUCGGACCCAACGGUUCUCGCCCUCAAGAUCUGCAGCCACUGGCGCAAGCUCCAGAAAGUCCUAAGAGUGGCCUGUUCAACAAAAUCUUUUGUGAAUUUUACCCCUCGGAGGUGAUAGAGGAAGGACAACGGAGCCCCCUGCAAAACAAUUUCAUCACAUCGGGAAUUCUUUCGGCGCCCAAUUGA